AUGUCUCCCGCAGAUAACGUUCGAUGGCAUGAAGCCAACGGCAGCAGCAGCACUCCCGCUUCUCCCUCGGCCGGCCCUUCGUCGGCGAAGCGAGCCAAAGUGACGGUCGAUCAAGCCAGCGAAACGCCCAAGUGGAUCGAGCGAAUCCAUCAAGUCCUCGAUCAUGAGAAGAACAAGGGCUUUCUUGAUGCCAGUGCGUUCCGUUUCUUGCUCAAACGUCGUGCUGUCGAGCUCCUCCGAGUCUCUCGGCAAUUGGCACUGUCAGGAGUCGCCGAGUCGGCGGCGGUCAGCGAUCGACCUUCUCGGAGACUGAUCGGCGACUUGAAUUCCGGGACUGCGCACGCAGAGAACAUCGUCGUCUCGACCGUCAAAGAUGGACAACCUUACGCUCGUUAUCAGUAGGUGCAAACAAGAAAUGACAUAUACUAUUUGGAAUGAGCAACCUGAUGCUUGCGAUUUGGCUCGUAGUGUCUUCCGAGGCUUCGUGCCCUCUCCCGGAUCCAAGCAAGACUCCGAGCUCCUCUUAACCACGACCGACGCGAUCAUGCCCAAAGGUACGUGUGACCCAAUGUAUCAUCAUGGCUAAAUAACCGUUAACUAACUCCACCCAUCCCGCUGAUUUCGAUCCCCCAUUACAGUCGAUCAAAUCCAAUCUUCUUCCAAUUCGACCGGCGGCGCCCCUUCCGAAAUCAUCUUCUGGACCUCCCCAACAGGCGACCAAAUUCGUCUCCGAGGUUUGAUCUACCUAUACCUUCCCCCCUCCACUCAAAACUCCUCCGAUUCGCGCCAACCGAUCCAAGAACGUUUCCCCGAGUUCGAUUUCGAGGCCUUACGUCAGGAACAGUGGAAGAGUCUUUCGGGCCAUUUGAGGGCUUCGUUCUUGAGGCCUAAGCCGGGGAGUGAGUGGCCCAAGGAUAAGAAGUUUGAUUUUCAGGAGAGGUUGGGUGUUGGGGAAGAGGGGGAGGAGGAGGCACUGAAGAGGUUGUGAGUUGAGUUGGGACGGAUCUCGUUGACCGAACUGUGGCUGACCUUUUUACGUCUCGGUCUCUGCAGCUCGUUGGUCGUGUUUGAGCCUACAUUCGUCGAUCACUCAGAGCAGAAUGUAAGUUACAACAAUACUGCAGCUAUCUUGAGGCCGAUCAUGCCGAUUUGACCAAUCCGAUCAACCGAACUUUGUUCUCGCUUACAGGCCCAACCGCCCGUGCGUUACGUCUGGACGAAGCAAGCCGAUGGAUCGUGGGAGGACACCCAAGUUGCUCCCUGA